AGUGUUCGACAAGAACGGCGACGGUUACAUUAACCGCGAGGAGCUGAAGCGGACCAUGCAGAUCCUGGGGGAACAUCUGACAGACGAUGAUGUCAGCGCCAUGAUGGAUGAGGCAGACUCAGACGGGAAUGGCGUGGUGGAUUACCGGGAGUUUGCACGCAUCAUGAGCGCCAGGAAAUAGCAGUCGUGUUGUUUGUUAUUAUGCUUCUUACUCUUAUGUCGUCAUUAUCUGCAGUGGGGAUCUAGAUGCCACUCACCAUCUUCGAAGAAAUGCACAAGUAUUAUGGUUGGAUUUCAAUAGAAAGACUAGAUUGAGUGCAUUGGCAAAGGAAUAAACAAGACAAAAUGUGAAUAUUAAAGUAGCCAUAAAAUAUGCACCCUGUAGAUUUAUUUAUUAGUAUUAAUUAUGACCACAGCGAUUCCUUUUUAAUGGAAAAACCCAGUGCUUCAAAAACAACAACAUAUCAAAAGUUUUAAAUUAUAUAUUCUAUAAUGAG